UACACUUACCUCCUGCUGGAGGAACACGUAACACUUACCGCUCCCCACGUCAUGGCGACACUCGCAAUUCUCGGCAUCAUCUCGCUUCUCCUUGUUGGCCACACGUCUGCCAAAUCGGCUUUCAAAGUGGUUGACUGCAGUCAAAACAAGACUCAAGAGCUGCUGUCGAUCACAGACGCCCAUCUGGAUCCCACGUCUGUAGUCAUUCCAGGCAACAUCACGGUAUGGGGGGCGAUCAACAUCUCUCAACCCAUCGAGGGCAACAUUACCGCGGACGUGACGAUCGAGAGGAAGUUGGGGUUCUUCUGGCUGGAGAUAGAAACCCUCAAAUAUGAUUUAUGCGACCUGAUUGGCCCUGACGUGAACAAGACUGUGAAAUGUCCGAAAGAGCUUGAGGAGAACGACAUUCCAUGUGAGUGUCCCUUUCCACCAGGGAUAUACGCCCUGAAGCACCAUGAGCUCUUCACCAUAAAGAAGAUCAGCGAAAAUCUUCAGUGGUUAGUGAAGGGCGAUUAUCGAUUGACGCUGAAGCUGGAGGACUCAGGAACGGAUGACGAACUUUCCUGUCAACAGAUAUUCGUAUCGCUAACAGACGGAGCACCGACAACACCAAAGCCACAUUGCAGUUUUUGGACUGUAUCUUUGGCUGAAGAUGCUUAAAUAAGGACAACGUAACACCGAGAGGAGACUGUGGUUUCUAAUAAAUAUGGAAAGGGG